AACAGUGAUGGAAAACAUAUGAGCAGUAACAAGUUUUAAUCUUGCUCUUCAGUACUAACAUGGACUAAUCUGUGGAAGCAGUUUAUUCCAGUAUCACCCAGGACGCAGCCUCACCAGAGGCUGUGUUAGGCAGGCUGUUUUUUCCUUUUCUUUAAAUGUAACACUUCUUUAUCUUUUCUUCUUAAAGAGUCUUAAGGAACUUGCAUUGUAGCUAAGUAGUACAGGGUGGAUAACUUCUUUGAAGAGAACUUCUUUCCUGACAAGAUGGUGGCAGAUUCCUACAAUUUCAACAUUUGGGACUGAGGCAGAAGGAUCUCCUACAGGUCAACCUGGCUAUAUAUAGGGAGAACCUGUUUCAAACCACAAAAUAACAGUUGAACUUUACACAGGACAACAUGAAGGAGUAUAUGAUGCUACUGCUCUUGGCUGUGUGCUCUGCCAAACCCUUCUCUAGCCCUUCACACACAGAACUGAAGAAUAUGAUGUUGAAGGAUAUGGAAGACACAGAUGAUGACGACGAUAACAAUUCUCUUUUUCCAACAAAAGAGCCAGUGAACCCCUUUUUCCCUUUUGAUUUGUUUCCAACAUGUCCAUUUGGGUGCCAAUGUUACUCUCGAGUUGUCCACUGCUCUGAUCUAGGUUUGACUUCGGUCCCAAGCAACAUACCAUUUGACACUCGGAUGGUUGACCUUCAAAAUAACAAAAUUAAGGAAAUUAAAGAAAAUGAUUUUAGAGGGCUCACUUCACUUUAUGCUCUGAUUCUGAACAACAACAAGCUAACAAAGAUUCACCCAAAAACCUUUCUAACCACAAAGAAGUUGAGAAGGCUGUAUUUAUCCCACAAUCAACUAAGUGAAAUUCCACUUAACCUUCCCAAAUCAUUAGCAGAACUCAGAAUUCAUGAUAAUAAAGUUAAGAAAAUACAAAAAGACACGUUCAAAGGAAUGAAUGCUUUACAUGUAUUGGAAAUGAGUGCAAACCCUCUUGAUAACAAUGGAAUAGAACCAGGAGCAUUUGAAGGGGUGACAGUAUUCCAUAUCAGGAUUGCUGAGGCAAAACUAACCUCAAUCCCAAAAGGCCUACCACCAACCUUACUGGAGCUUCAUUUAGAUUUUAAUAAAAUUUCAACUGUGGAACUUGAAGAUUUUAAACGAUACAAAGAACUACAAAGGCUGGGUCUUGGAAACAACAGAAUCACAGAUAUUGAAAAUGGAAGUUUUGCUAAUAUACCACGUGUGAGAGAGAUACACUUGGAACACAAUAAACUAAAAAAAAUCCCUUCAGGAUUACAAGAGUUGAAAUACCUCCAGAUAAUCUUCCUUCAUUAUAAUUCAAUUACGAAAGUGGGGGUGAAUGACUUCUGUCCAACAGUGCCAAAGAUGAAGAAAUCGUUGUACAGUGCAAUAAGUCUAUUCAACAACCCAGUGAAGUACUGGGAAAUACAACCUGCAACAUUCCGUUGUGUUCUCAGCAGAAUGAGUGUUCAGCUUGGGAAUGUUGGAAAAUAAUCAUUAAUGAUGUCUAUUGAAUAUAAGAUUCAAAAUGUAUUCAUUUGGAAUACUUGAACUGUACUAAUAAUGGUAGUAUGUUAUAAAUAAGCAAAACUCUAUUCCAUAUGGUCAAUGACAAAAAAUUUCAGCAGAAUUUUGCCCAACCAUCAAUAUUCAGAAUAAACCUCUAUUGCAGUGUCACUUUGCACAUGAGUGGUUCUGUAUAACUCUUUUGCUUGAACAUUCUUUUCCCAGCAACGAAAAGAUGGAUAUUCCGUAUUUAACCCUUCAUUAUCAAGUGUAUUAAACAGAACUGUACUGUAAACAAAAUGCUUGACUUAGUAACAUUUGUGCCCUUUCUUUGCUAUUAGAAAAACAAAGCCGGCAAAAAUAGCAAUAUGAAGACUACAUUAUUUUUAGUAUCAUUUUAAUAACUUGGAUAGUACUGUAAUAUUUCUAAUAAUGUUGAAAUAUAUAUAGUUUGACAAAAUCAUAUUGAAAUUCUCAACUCAUAAUAAAAGCUCAAGUAUUCACUAUCAACUCAACAGUAAUAUUCAUAAGAGUUAAUUUUGGAGCCAUAACACAUGACUUUCUUUUUAAAUUAUUAUCUGGUCAUAAAACUGUAAAAUGUAAUGAUUGCUUAUAUAAAAUUUAUAAUGUGCAUUUUUAUAAUCAGUUAUGUAAGUUUUUAAGAACACAGCAGCAACUGUUAGGUUACAUAGCGUCGUCACUUCAACUAAGAAUAUUUCGGGAUAUUCCUUUGGAAGAGUAUGGAUGCCAAUCAACUUUGUACCAACUUGUCUCUUCUAACUCGUCUCUUCAAAUAUGCAAACUGGAUAACUCUGAGAAAUGCAUCUAGGCUUACAAAAACUGAAAGCUCUGAACAAAACUCAUGUGUUUAUUUUACUGAUAUUCAAUAUGAAUUAAGUAAAAUUUGAAA